UAUUUUCUCUCUUAUCCUCAGGAAAGAUGUCUAGAGAUCGAGCUCUGAGGAAACAGCAGCAGUUGAAUAACUUGGUAGCAGCAGUGAAAAAGCUUGCUAAGCCUGGAGAUGUGAUUGUGGAUUUCUGCAGUGGAGGGGGUCAUGUUGGAAUUGUGCUUGCUCACAUGAUGCCAUCAUGUCAGGUGGUGCUCAUAGAAAAUAAGGAGUUGUCUCUGAUGCGUGCUAAAGACAGAAGUGAUGAACUAGGUUUAAACAACAUUUCAUUUAUUCAAGCAAAUUUGGACUAUUUUAAUGGCACUUUUAACAUUGGGGUGGCUCUUCAUGCAUGUGGUGUGGCAACAGACAUGGUGAUUGAACAUUGCACCAAGGCCCGAGCAGCCUUUGUCAUCUCCCCUUGUUGUUACGGCUUCAUUCAGAACACUGUGAAGUUUAAAUAUCCAAGAAGUCAUCAGUUCAAGGAAAUUUUAUCCUACAAGGAGCACAUGAUCCUUUGUAGGUUUGCAGAUCAGACAGCUGUUCAUCUUCCACCUGAACGGAAGCUGAUAGGAAAGCAGUGUAUGGGGCUUGUGGAUCUCGAUCGAGCAUGGGCUGCGGAAAGAUGUAACUACUCUGUCCAAGUUACAUCUAUGGAGCCAGAGAGCUGUUCUCCAAAGAACAAUAUGUUUGUGGGCACUCCAGUUUAGAGAAUGAAACUUGCACUUGAUUUGAUCAUAAAUCUUCAAUGCAUAAAAACAUACAGCAAAUACAAGCACAAUUGGGAACCAGACAUCAUGCAUCUUGAACCCAUUGUGUUUAGAAAAGGAAGCAGCAUGAGAAGUUUUAGAAAGUGGACUGCAUGCAGAGCAUUGCAAAUUGUACUUGUAAUGUAUCAUUAAGCAACUUUUGGUUCUCAUAGUGAGAAGUUUCUCUAACAAUGAUCCAUAGAAUUGCAUCCAUCUGCUGAAGCUAAGAAAAAAGGGGAAGAAGGCUUAGAAGGGAAGGUCAUUUCCUUUUCAGUAAAGCUGUCUUGGCUGCUUCAAAAUUGCAUUCAUGUUCAAAACUUCAUUUGUGCUCAUGGGCAGAGCAGUUAUCAGCCAGUAAUGCAGUUCACUAGAGGGAGCAGAUUUAUGGUGUUAGUGAUGAAAACUGUUGCAACAGUGAUGAAACAGUGAUCAGAUGAAACUGAUGCAUCAGGUAUUGGCUAGAUUUAGCUAAAGAAUGCCAUACUAUUUCAUCAAGAUUAUUAAUACAAGUUCUUCAGAAUGCUUUCAGUAUCAUUCUGCAUAUAAUUUGUACUCCAACUUAAUCCUUUUAAAAAUGAUGUAAAAUUUUUACCUUCAGAUAUUACACAAGAAUUCUGUAUCCAGUCAUUGGAAAGUGUGUGUGUGUGUGUGUGUGUGUGUGUGUGUGUGUGGCUAAAGAGAGCAAACCCUUAUUUCUUUGUUGUCCAGAUUAUAGGAGCUAACAAUGAUGUCAGUGAAUGGUUACUUCACUGCCACCUCUGCUAAUUGAAAUGGAUUACCGUCCAUUUGAAAGAGGCUUCCUUUCAGAUACAAUUUUUAAAAGAAGUUCUUGUGUCCAUAUACAUAAUCUUCAUUUAUUUUUAUAUUCUGUUUAAAUUUGGAAGAAGUUGCAGUUGUGGAACUAUUUGAAAAGCUCAAUCAUAGACAUGUUACCAUUAAAUGAAAAAUAAAAUGUUCUUCUGUGUUUGGUUAGUA